AUGGCAUCCUCGCUAUUAGCACCGCUAAAAACAGGCCUUAUCCUGGGUUAUGGUCUAUUUACCUUGGUCCUAUAUGCAGUCAUAGCAGUCUACACUGGGAAAUUCUUUACAAGCACCACUGAAAAAGAGACCUUGGAGCUGCAGCUCGCUCGCAUUCGGCUAUGGGAUCUGUCAAAGAAUUGGACUGUCUUCUCACAUCAGAUCUAUACUCUACAGAACGGUUUCAGAUUCCAUUAUGUCUCCAAUGAAGGUAACGCCACGACCAGCGCCAGCAAGCCGUUGGUUAUAUUCAUUCAUGGCUUCCCUGACAGCUGGGGGAUCUGGCGUCAUAUUCUAAGCGAAGAGUCCCUGCAGAAUGCAGCGACACUGGUCGCUGUUGAUCUGCCUGGUUAUGGAGGUUCCGAGAGUUUAGAAAGAUACACAGCCACUGCGGUUCUUGAGAGCCUUACUGAAUUCAUCAUUGCUAUGAGGUUAAAGUACGGCAUUGAUGGCCCGACUACUACCCAUCAGCAAAGGACCGUUAUUGUGGGACAUGAUUGGGGCUGUUUGCUCGCUAUGCGGCUGGCAGCUGAAGCGCCCCAGUUGGCUGAUAGGUUUAUUGUCACUAACGGACCACUUAUGCCCCUGGCCGUGUCCAACAUCAAUCGUCGACUAUUGUCCUCAUCGAAGAUGCUCAAAUCUUUCCUGCGCUCACCCGUCCAAGAGCGUACGUUAUUUUUCAAUGCCAUCAGAACACUAAAACCCCUCUUGGUCCAACUGUGGCGUUCCGGAUAUAUCUUCGCCUUUCAGCUGCAUCCGAUCGUAGUUGCAUACCUCUUCAACGGAGGAAACCAAUCAUUGCUAAAGUACAUGCAUGAAAUGUCCUACGGCCAGCAGAGCUACACUAUCACUGACGCCGCAGAGUGCAUGGCAAGCACACUUGGUCCAUCUAAUGUCGAAGGCAAGACGCAGAACCCUAAUGGCGAGGGAUACGCGGAAUCCGUGGUGACGAGGCCCGCCAUCUCGAACUUCGUUGAAAUGUGCAGUUACUACCGACAAGGUACAGCUCUUGAACCAUGGACGAAGUCCAUCGAAACGAUAACCAGUCUGCAUAGCAUUGCGCAGGAGACCGGGAUCCAGCGCACUGCUAGUGGCGCUGGAAUAUUCGAUGAACUGCCAGGCACGCUGAAAGCCAAUACAACCAUUAUAUGGGGCCAAAAGGACCAUGCGCUCACGCGUGAGCUCUGCCUAGAUGGUAUAUCGGAUUACCUUACUCGGGAUAGCCAGGUCGUUGAGCUUCCGAUCAGUGCACACUGGACACCGCUGGAGCGAGAUGGUCGAAUUGCUCUUGGUAAAGCAGUCGAAUGGGCGGUGGACGGUGAGCGCGAAGAUAUUGAAAAGGCUAUUGCAUUAGGUACUUGUUACCCGAGUGCAAUGGUGACGGUUCGAAAGCUUUCGCUGCUGUACAGCUCCUCCGGGAUGGUUACCCAAGAAGGUCCAGUCUAUUGCACUCUACUUUUGAGUGAUAACUACCUCCCUGGUGCCGUGGUCCUCGCCCACUCACUGCGCGACAAUGGCACCGAGGCCAAGCUGGUUGCGUUGUAUACACCGGACACGCUGCAGGCUGCCACGAUAAACGAGCUCCAGACUGUCUACGAUGAGCUCAUACCCGUAUAUCGGAUGACGAACCACACGCCGGCGAACCUCUGGCUUAUGGAGCGCCCGGAUCUCAUAGCAACCUUUACGAAGAUUGAGCUAUGGCGGCAAACACAAUACAAGCGCAUUGUAUACAUUGACUCCGACGUGGUAGCUAUCAGGGCACCCGACGAGCUUCUGGCCAUGGACGUAGAUUUCGCCGCUGCCCCGGACGUCGGCUGGCCCGACUGCUUUAACAGUGGCGUGAUGGUAUUGCGACCCAACAUGCAAGACUACUAUGCGCUGAAAGCCCUUGCGGAACGAGGCACCAGCUUUGACGGGGCCGACCAGGGCUUACUGAACCUGCACUUUCGCGACUGGCACCGGCUUAGCUUUACGUACAACUGCACGCCUAGCGCGAACUAUCAAUAUGCCCCGGCCUACAAGCACUUCCAGAGCACAAUUAGCUUGAUACAUUUUAUUGGAUCCCAGAAGCCUUGGAAUAUGUCGAGACAGGUGGCUCCUCUUGAUUCGCCAUAUAACCAGUUGCUGGGAAGAUGGUGGACGAUUUACGACCGACAUUACCGCUCGGCUGCUUUUGAAACACCGGAGCCGAGUAGUCGCCCGGCUGCGCCACAAGUUCACUAUACAGAUGAGCCAGUAUCCGAGACACAUGCCCAGCACUUUCCAGAUACUGUAACACAUCGAGAUUUUGAACAACAGACGCAUUCCAUCCCUGUAUCAGAACAUACACCGCAUCAACAAUUACUCCAGCAUGAGGCGACAUCGCAUCCCCAGCCAGUUUAUCAUCCGCCGGAGGGAGGCUCAUAUAAGCCCGUACAGGUCUCUUUCUACUCAGAAUCGGGUCAUGCGCCAUUGCCUAUGGAUCAGUCGACUCACAACAUUUAUGCAGAGCAACCGUCUCACCACGAAUACACAGGGCAUCCACCUCAGCAUAUCCCAACAGAGCAUCCGUCUCAGCACAUCCACGAAGAGCAUCCACCUCAGCACAUCCACGAAGAGCAUCCACCUCAGCACAUCCACGAAGAGCAUCCACCUCAGCACAUUCAAGCUGAACACCAUGCCCAGCACACCCAAGAAAAGUAUUCGACUCAGCACAUUCAAGCUGAAAAUCAUGCCCAGAACCGCUUCCACCGACCUGUCAUUAGUGUAGUUCCGCAGUACGUCCGCGGAGAAGAACACAUAACGGCUUAUAUACAACCACAGCACCAUCAUGAACACACCCAUCAUUUUGUACAGCCCCGUCUAAUACACGAGCCCAGUGCGCCGACAGAGCACACCCACAAAUUCGAGCAAUAUGAUACCAGCACUCCUCAGCCACAAGCCCCCAUUGAGACGCAACGCGCACCAUCACCUCAACCGCCUCCCCAGGAUGAACCGAUUUUUGAAGCUCCUAGAGCGGAGUGGGAUGCGUCUCGUGAACCGCCACCAUUGCACUCUAAACCGGAAGGAAUAGCGCUGGAGAGCAAGACAUAUACCAUGUCUGUUGAUCACCAGCUGUUCCAGCCUCCAGAGUCUUACCCGGAAGCCCCCAAGGACAUGUGGUAUCAGGUCCCGGAGACGAAGCCCGAGCCGCAGAAACUCACCCAGUUAUUCCCUUGGGAAACGAAUGCACCUAAACCCACCAGAGUAUUUGCUGAUGAUGAGCGUCAAUCCCAACCCUUGGUCUCUCCUACCUCCACCAAAGGCGAAUCCUGGACCUCCCAAUCCUCCCAACCAACAUCAUGGACAUCCGAGGUAACCAGCGUGCCAAGCGAAUCCUGGGACACCUACUCCCGCUCUAACGCAUGGGAUGAGGUCCCUGAGAUUCAGAAGUACAUCCAAUCCAUCCAGCAAGCCCGCAAGGCCCGAGCUCAAGUCAUCUCCGGCGGGCCCAGCCAACAAAAGGCAACAUCCCCUCUGACCCCAACCCAACAACACCAAUCCAGGACCAGCAGCCAGGACCUCAAUCUCUCCCUCGGCACCCGGAUAACCGACUUCCCCAGCCCACAGGAACGGCCCAGCCUCCCGGUCACUCCGGCCCCCAUCCACAGAGGCCCGGCCCUAGGAAGUCCCGAGGAAUACACGACAGCCCAGCUCCCCGCGGCAACGGGCGUCCCCAACCAGGAAGACUGGAACCCGUCACUGCGCCUCGAAGAGCUGCGGCAGCGGCAGAAUAGUGUCUUGGAUGAUCCGGACUCGCUCGUUGAGCGGCUUACCAAGGUUCUUGGCGAUGGAUAUGUGCAUGAGAAUAAAUAUGAGAAUGAACAUGAUAGGAAUGGAAAGGGUGAUGGAUUUGGUACUGGUAUUGCUUCAGAUUGA